GCGCGGUGGCCUCCUCCGGCACGGGGUCCCCGGGUUGCCUUGGGUCCCCGCGAUCCGGAUGGCGCACGCGAUGGCUGGGGCCGGGCCGGGCUCGGGUGGUCGGAGAAGUCACCACUGACCAGGUCAUCUGGAGACCCCGACAGGCCGAGGCCCAGAAUGAGGCGCUGGAAGGCGGCGGCCCUGGUGUCGCUCGUCUGCAGCUCCCUGCUGUCGGUCUGGAUGUGCCAGGAGGGUCUGCUGCUGGGCCACCGCCUGGGACCUGCGCUCGCGCCGCUGCGACGCCCGCCACGCACCCUGGACGCGCGCCUCGCCCGCCUGGCACAGUACCGAGCUCUGCUGCAGGGCGCCCCGGACGCGGUGGAGCUUCGAGAACUUUCCCCCUGGGCCGCGCGCGCUCCGGGCCCGCGCCGUCGAGCGGGUCCCCGGCGACGGCGUGCGCGUGCGCGGUCGGGCGCGCGCCCCUGCGGGCUGCGCGAGCUCGAGGUGCGCGUGAGCGAGUUGGGCCUGGGCUACACGUCGGACGAGACGGUGCUGUUCCGCUACUGCGCAGGCGCAUGCGAGGCGGCCCUGCGCAUCUACGACCUGGGCCUGCGGCGCCUGCGCCAGCGGAGGCGCGUGCGCAAGGAUCGGGUGCGCACGCACCCGUGCUGCCGCCCGACGGCCUACGAGGAUGAGGUCUCCUUCCUGGACGUGCACAGCCGCUACCACACGCUGCAAGAGCUGUCGGCGCGGGAGUGCGCGUGUGUGUGACGCUACCUCACGCCCCAGCCCUGGGCGCCUGCCCGGGGGGCCACGCCGACCCUCGCGAGAACUGAAUUCACAUAAAGUGUGGGAACUGCC